GCGGGCACGUUUAUCCAACGGAGAGGGCUCAAAAGGCAGCGUCUGCCCUUAAGCGAAGGUCUGGAAAAACUUCUAAUUCUUGAGGUGGAGCUUAACAAUGGGAUGGGGUGGAGACUAGAGAGCAGGACAGGCAUUAUACAGAGCGGCUGAUAAAAUUUUGAGCUUGGCGUGGCGAGGUUCGAGCAUAAGACGCUACUCGCAUUGGCGGAGCGUUAUCACCACCAUCCCCUCACGUGCUUACUGCACUUGCAUUCUCGCGUAAAGUCAAUUCGCCCACGAUCCUAGCAACCCAAGCCAAUGCGCCUCACAGACACACCUCCGCCUAAACGCACGUGGCCGCCAGGGUGCUCGCUUGGCUGUCCUCCGUACUGCCUGCGAGGCUUCUCUUAGGGGCCCAUGGCUUUGCGAGGAAUGUGGCGGUGCGGACGGAACUCCGAGUCUUUCCGCCUUCUAAUAAUACCCCUCCUAAAUUCACCUAGCCAACCACCGCCGUCUUAGGCAGCUUUCCACCACACUACUUUUCAGGCACUACGCCGGACUUCCCUGAAGACCUGGGCCGCUGUCGCGAUGACGAAACAGGCGCGCGCCGGCGAGCUCAAGGCUCCCUCUUGCUCCGAUGUCCGUGAGCCGGUGCGCGAGGCUGCUCUGUCGGCUGCCGGCUGCCCCGCUCCGCUAUGGCGGCCUCUCUGCUCUCCGGAGCCGGCGCGGUGGGCCGAGCCGGGCAGCCCCAGCAGCGGGUUUCUUCUCCGACGGGGGAGGCAACGGCGCGGGCGCCAAAGCCCCGGACACUUCCUUGUUCGUGCCUCUGCCCGUGUCGCCUUCGUCGCCUGGCCCCGAGGGGGACGUGGGAGCCGAGCUCACGCGCCCGCUCAACAAGAGUAAGUGGCGGCGCCGGGGGUGGGGCGGAAGGACAGGCGGGCCCUGUGGGUUUAGAAAGCCAACCGUGCGCGUUCGGUUAGGGGGCAACGGGAGUGCCCUUUCCUGGCCCGUUUCUUGGAUUUUUCUGUCAUCCAAACAGGGGUGGGCAGCGGGCAACUUGCGAGUCGCACCUGUCCCACAAGGGCAAUUUUACCUGUCCUUUAGUAGCCCUUCCAAAUAUACAUUGAGGUAGUGCGUGAGGGGGAAGCUUCAACUUCCAUAGUAAGCCCGUGAGAGUUGGUAAAUAAGAAUCUGUAGGAGUAGGUGUUAAUGUGUGAAAGCCGAAGCAGGGAAGGAAGGAAGUCUGAGCGCGACAAAGCGCAGUGUAAAUAAGAAAACACUAAGAUGCUGGAUGCAAGAGUUUAUGUUUAAGUGGACUUUGUUUUUGGAAAUUUGACUUAGGUUCUUCUUUGAGUUUGCUUUUGAAAACUUAAUAAAAAGUAUUAAAAAAGAAAAAAGUAAGCCCGUGAGAGUUACGUUCCAAGGAUAGUGCCUAAAGCCAAAACUGCAUAUACAGUGGUACCUUGGGUUACAUACGCUUCAGGUUACAGACUCUGCUAACCCAGAAAUAGUACCUCAGGUUAAGAACUUUGCUUCAGGAUGAGAACAGAAAUUGUGCUCCAGCGGCAGCAGGAGGCCCCAUUAGCUAAAGUGUUGCUUCAGGAUAAGAACAGUUUCAGGUUAAGAACGGACCUCCAGAAUGAGUUAAGUACUUAACCCGAGGUACCACUGUACAGUAGUCCAAACAGAUUGGGGUGCACUUGUGGUGUUGGUGGGGGAUUGCCAAAGGUUCCCCCCCCCCAACACCCGUCAUUUUUUUUUUUUUUUUUUUGCCAAGCAUGUAAAGCUGAGUGUGCACAAGUUAAAUGGGCAUAUGUUGUGGGUGUACUGUGUAGAAAAGAAGCAAUAUUGGAGACCCCAUGUUCAUUUUGUCAUAUUAUGGCCUCCGCUAGUUUCUGGGAAGUGAAUGGGCCACAGAUCUCUUGAGGGGAUCGUUCAAGACACACGUUUAUUCCACCCCUAUGUCUGCGAACGACCUCUUAGAUCAUGCAGAAUUUAUUGUACAACCUGACCAUCCAUGAGGUAUCAGGCCCUCCCCUCACUCGCCCAUCACUGUUUGGAGAACAGAAAUUGACCAUCCCUGAUCAGAUGGCAAUUGUAAAGUUACCAUAAAGGUAACUGUUGUUAAGAUUGUUAGUCUCCAUAGCAGAUUUAUAGAAGGUGGAUUUCACAAUAUGUUUUUGGUGACUACUUUUUCUUUUGGUGUAUAACCCUUUCUUGAUUAAAUGCUUGAAGUGUAUAAAGUAUUUUUUUGCACAAGUAAUUUGCCAUUCCAGUUAGCCUGACAGUAUCUGUAUUUUGUCUUCUAGGUGAAGUCCUGAAAGUAUUAAAUAAAUUUUACAAGAGAAAAGAAGUACAAAGACUGGGUGCAGAAAAUGGACUAGAUGGUAUGCAAUAUGUGGUUCUAGGGAUAAUAGAAUAUUGUUGAAUGUUUCUACAUGCUUUACGAGAAGCUCAUAUCUGGACUUAAUCUUUUUUUGACUCUUAAGUUUUUCUAAUUCUACUUCUAUAACUGACGGCUUAAGUCAGUGCUUAAUAAAAUAGUGUGGUGUUAUUAUGAUUUUUUAUUGAAUUUAUAACCUCUCAAAAGAGCCCGGGCAGCAAACACAUUCACUUUUUGUAAAGCACUCCAAAACAGGUUUAUAAAUACAGUUACAAUUAAAGCCUUUUAGAAACAGUUACAAUUAAAAACUUUAGUUCAUCCAGGAGUUCAUGGAAGUAGAAUAGGCAGAUUUUAGCUGAUCACCCCUUUUCCUUGUCCCAUUGAACAGCUUCUGAAAGUUGGAGACAUUCUAGAAUAGUGUGGGAAGCAUUGCAGGGUUACAUGGGGAUUGUCAGGUAUCUUAACAUGAUUUGAAAUGUCUUGAGUGUUUCAGUGGCCACAUGCAUGGGUAUAAUCCUACUGAAAACAAAGCACUCUUUAGUUUUCAAGCUAAAAAUCUUGUUUUGUCAUUAGAUCUCUGGUCCAGUUUGUAGGAAGUGGAGUUUUGUGUGCAAUACUGAACUUGCUUGUGUGUAUUUUCCCCUCCCCUUUAUAGCUCGUCUGUUUCAUCAAGCAUUUAUAAGCUUUAGGAAAUACAUAAUGGAAUCAAGUUUUUUGGGUCCUGAUGUGCACAUUCUCCUAAAUGAUAUAUGCUGUGGUGCUGGUAAGUAUAUUCAACAUUAUUUCCCCUCCCCAAUCAUUCUUCUUAAAAAAGACACUUGCUUAAAUGUUACGGGUGAUAAACUUAUGGGUAAAUGAAAUUUGCUUUACCCUUAUAAAUAAGGAACUUAGUGGGUUAGAUUAUAAUAUUUGCCCAUGUAUCAUAAUGGCUAGGAGUGAGAGAUGGGAGUGAGUGCUGUGAACCAGUAAAUGGCCUUAGGCAACCCUUUGUUGAAUAUGUGACAGAGGUGUUAAGUGCUGUUGUUUAAACAUCAGAUACUGGUACAUUGCCAAGACAGAAGUGUGACUGCAUUACUGUGUAGAACACAGAUACAAACAAGUGAAAGAUCCAAGAGUGGGUGUACCCAGUUCCCAGGUAAUGAUGAAUCGACAAAGCAAAAUAAAGAGUAUGUGUUAAAUCUUCAAAUAAAUUCCAACUGAGCAACUUCAUGCUGAAGCCUCAUUUUGAACCCUUUUCCUUGAAGUAUGUCACCUUAGACUCCUUGCUGGCUUCUGACUGUUGACAUUUUAACAUCUGGUUUGUAUCCAUUUAUUCAGCUUGUUUCUGUUUUAGAGCUUAUAUCUCUACUUAAAUGAAUGGGCACAAGUGUGUACUUGUGUCUGCUGUGCACAUCAACAACCUUAAUAAGUUAAUACUGUAAUGAGAAUGUUAGAAGAUUAUAGUAGGGACAACAAAGAGUGAAAAUUAUACUUUGUAUUUGCUCUUAUUUCUGGUACCAGUUCACUACACUGAGUUCAUUAGAGUUGACCCUAAUACAGCAAAUGGAAAUGCCAAGAGUAUAAUCCUCCCCUUUACACAGAGGGCAAGGUGUGGAUGCUCCUGAUUAGCCUGCAUUCAGCUGUUUCACAGGCCAUGGCAAAGCAACCCAGGGGCCCUUUAGGACAUUCAGAUUUGCAGGUCCUGUACAGGGAACAGAGUACAACAUGCUAAUGGGAGCACCUUGGAGUCUCCCUGCUUCUUGCAAAGGAACAGAGACUAAGAAACUGGGCACCCAGAGAGCACUGAGAAGGGAGGCAGAGAGUCCUGCUCCAGGCUGCUCCUUCCUUCUGCUUCCCUCCUGGCUCUCUUCCAUGUCCACAUGGGACAUGGAAUCCCUCUGCAUGGGGAGAGCAGGACUCCAACCCAAAUCUCAUGGAAACCUUUUGAUGGGGCUUCUUAAUUUAAAACAAGGCAUAUGAGCUUUUGAUUCUUGAGGCCAUGAUUGAAGUUGUUUGUUUAGUGCGGUACUAGAGAAGAGCUGCUGCAAAUGGGCCUGUAAUACAGAAAAGUAUGUGUAAAUUCUCAAAGUAUAUUAGAAAUUAUUUAGUCCCCAAAAGACGAUUAAAAAAUUAUAUUGUGAAAUGAUGCCAAAUGUCUUAAGUUUAAUUCUGAGUACUUGGGUUUUCUUGUAAUUUAGAAGUUAUUCACAGUUAAUAGGGUUCUUAGAAUUGUCCACUGACAUUAUUUAUAUCACCAGACUUAGCAAUAUUAUAAUUAUUCUGAAUACUGUACAUCACUGGGUGAUGGUUUACUACUUGUUGGUUUUAAUAUACCUUUCUCCUUCCUUCUAGGGCACGUUGAUGAUCUGUUUCCAUUUUUCAUGAGACAUGCUAAGCAGAUUUUUCCUAUGCUGGAGUGUAUGGAUGAUCUGCGUAAAAUCAGUGAUUUGAGAUUGCCACCCAACUGGUUAGCUUUUUAAAAUCACUUAUAUGUCUUCCUUAUGAUAAUAACAAUGUCAGUGCUGGGACAAUGUGCAUUUUAUGUCCCUAUCAUGGCAGUUAUUCUCACUGAAGUUGUCAUCAGCGUCUUGUGUUACUUUUGAGUGUUUUUCUUUAAUUGAAAAAAUGUUAUCAAAAAUCACAGAAAUUGAGGUGUGAGAUUACAUGGUUUGAGAUCAACAUAUCUAAAGGUGUAUUUAGUUUUUAGUUUAUGUAUAUACUACAAAGUGAGGUGGUGUUUAAACAUACAGACUGCCAGGCUCAACUAUGCAUUUCUCUAUGUGUCGUUCUAGGUAUCAGGACGCCAGAGCUAUCCAAAGAAAAAUUGUAUUUCAUGCUGGUCCUACAAACAGUGGAAAAACCUACCAUGCAAUCCAGAGAUACUUAGCAGCAAAAUCAGGAAUAUACUGUGGCCCUUUGAAGCUUCUGGCACAUGAGAUCUUCCAGAAGAGUAACGAUGCUGUCAGUAUGUUAAAUGUGUUUCCAUGCUUCUGUGACUGUUACAGUCUGUGAUGAUGAUUCAUGAUAUAGUAUUGUCAGUGUACACAAUAUUUUUCACAGUCGCAUAAGCAAAAAACAAAACAAGUACACCAAUAAGCGCAUAAUUAUAUUUUGACAGUGGGUGUGCAUAGUAGUGGAAGGGGAGAGAAGAAAGGAAGAGGUAAAAGAAAGAAUAAGUGCAAGUACAGCUAUAUUAGUAAAAGUAGCUAUCUUGUGAUCAUUUUUGCUAUGCUGCAUUGACUACCCUUUUUUGCUUGAGGCAUUAGUAACUUCUGGAGUUCUGUAGCUGUCAAAUGAGUAAACAAUAUCUGUAGCCGAGACAGCAGAAUCCAGAUCUUGCGGCUGCUGAAUGAGUACCUCUGUCAUAUUUGAGUAUGUGCUUUCUGCAACAAUAUCAGUUAAAGGAAGCCAAAACAGUUAUGAGCUAUUCAAAGCCUGUAUUGUAAGGCUCAGCACACCCUAAACCAAAUGCAUUGAAGGCAGCAGCAUUCAGUCACACUGCCGCACCAGUUAACAUUACAGGCUUACGAUCAUUGCAACCUUCUCCACCCAUAUAGAUUUGUUUGCCAUCAUAUUUAUGUCUUUAUCCAUGAUGGCUAGAUAGGAAACUUUUUUUUUUUGUAUUGUAGUUGUUUCUGAGACUGAAAGGGCUAUAGCUCUUUGGUCAAGCACAAGGCUUGCUUGCAGAAUACCCCAGGUUUGACCCCUGGCAUCUCAAGGGAGGGCUGGGAAAGGCGGCCGUCUGCCACCCUCGUGACUUGCUGCCAAUUGCUGUAGGCAGUUCUGAGCUUCUAGAACUUAAACAAAUUAAAUGCGUCUGCUAAAGCCACAGGGACUAUCUCUUAGAAUAUACUCUCUUGAAAAGUAUGUCUAUUCCAAGCUGCCUGUGGAGAGUUUGCCUUUCUCUGAAGCAAACCUGGGAAUGUUAAGCUGGCGGGGCACUGGCUGGAGAGUGACAAUGUGGGAGGGGUGGUUAACUCUGGCUGCUAGAGGCCUCCUUCAAGAACUUCUGCUUGGUUCCUCCUUCCUUGCUUUGGAGGGACGCUCUUCCCAUCUACCCUCUUCCUCUAUUUGCAUCCAUUUUUUUAAUAGCUCUUGUUUAAAACAAAAAUGGGGGAUUUGUUUUCUAAGAUUUUGAUUUCUGCGCAAGACGUUUUAUUGGGCUGUAUGUUGUCUGUUCUCAUAUUUCAGUGUAGUAUCCUUUGGGAGCUUAGGUUGGAUUUCUCUUCCUAGAAAAACCACCUGUAUCUUCUCUCUCUUUAAACCUUAUAGAACGUGCCAUGUGACUUGGUAACCGGAGAAGAACGUGUUUGUGUUGAUCCUGAAGGCAGGCAGGCUGCCCAUGUUGCUUGCACUAUUGAGAUGUGCAGCGUCACGACACCCUGUAUGUAAACCUCUUUCUUUUUUUGUGUAUUCUUCAAGGGUAUUGAAGCAUAUCAUGUUCUAGUUUUAUAAAUUUGCCUCUGUAGUGUUCUGAUAUAUUUCAAUUUAGAAUUUUUUCUCUGUUAUAACAGAUUAACAGGCCAGAUAAAUGACAAUGUAGAAACCGUUCUUAAAACUGUUUGUAAAAACUGUUUAAAGAAUUCAUAAUUGAAAUUAUUAUUUUUCUUCUGUCUUUUACCUUUUGAAGUUUGUUUUUCUGGUCCCUUUUACCACAUACCACCAUUUUUUGUAUUUUUAAGAUGAAGUAGCUGUGAUUGAUGAAAUCCAGAUGAUUAAAGAUCCUUCCAGAGGUUGGGCCUGGACGCGAGCGCUCUUGGGUAUGUUUUCUGCAGGUUUCAUGUUAGUAAAACAAAUUACCUUUAGCUACUGAUAUGCGACUUCUCUUUCAUAUGGACAGUGUAGUGCAGGGCUCCAGAACAGCCUUCCUUCCCCAAGCUGGUGCCCUCCAGUUCUGAACUGUUUCUCUGACCAUUUGCCAUGUUGGCUGGAGCUAGUGGAAGUUGUACUCCAAUAAUAUAUCCAGAGUACUUGGUGAGGAAGUCUGCUCAGGAAUGUUAGUUGAACCUGUCCUAUGUAUGAGUAUGGUGUACUGACACAUUGAACUGUAUCCAAUUUUAUUUAGAUUUAAAAUAAAAAUAGCCAGUCUACUAAAUUUGUAACGUGCAUUUUGAAUAGCUUUAUUUCCAUCCUGCGUGGUGGGAUAGUGAUGGCCGGGAUCCAAAGAACCACUUAAGGCACACCCUUAGCAGACCAUCAUACAAAGCCAAGUCCCCUCUGUUUCAAAGUCAGUUCACUAUGUGACUUGAGGGGUUGAAAAAAAGGGUGUGCAGAACCAGUUGCAAUUGUUUUGAUCCUAGCACUUGCUUCCAUCUUGGGUAGUUGUCGGACAAUGAAAUACUGUCCAAAUUUUGGCAUGGUUUACUCAGAAGUAAAUUCCACUGCCUUCCCAGCAAAGUGUGGAUAUUAGGGUGGGGUCAGUUAUUCUCCUUGAUAUUAUAGUUUUGAACAAGUGGCUCCACAGAACCUGCAUAACAAUUGAAUGAGGUGGUUAUUCAGAUUCAUGAACUGGGCAAGUCUUACUGGGCUUUGCUAGCUACAAACAUCUGCAAGCAAAACAUUUGAUUAUGAUAGCCUUAUAGUAGCAAUGCAAACCAUAUGUCUGUUUUCAGUAUUACAAUAACAACAACAACAAAUUUUAUUUAUACCCCGGCCAGAGCCAGGCUCAGGGCGGCUAACACCAAUAAAAUCACAGUAAAAACAUAAUGGGGGGGGUGCAAUUUAAAAUACAGGUUAAAAUGCAAUUUAAAAUGCAGCCUCAUUUUAAAAGUAGCUGAUAGAUCAAGACCAUGUGUGAUCCAUGUAACCUGCUUUUACAGUCCUCCUUCCUUUUGUGCACUUUUUAUUUAGGACUCUGUGCAGAAGAAAUCCAUGUUUGUGGUGAGGCUGCUGCUAUUAACUUGGUGACAGAGCUCAUGUAUACUACAGGGGAGGAAGUUGAGGUAGGAAUUGUCAGUAUAUAACUAUAGCUACAUACUCCGGUUUUUAAAGCUCCCUUUCUUAAAAAUACUAGAGCCUGUGCAUUAAAAUCAGUGCAUCAGUUGUGAAGCUGUUAAUAUGUUUCUGGCAUUAGCAAGAUUAUCCACCAGGCCUCUUUUCCCUUAACUGUCUCAGUGGGAGAAAUGAGAAUCAGGGCUCAUUCCAUCAGCUUUGCCAAAAAACCCACCUCCAUCAGACACCUCCUACUGAUGAACUGCUUCUAUGCCAGCUGGUCGUUAUAUAUUAUACUUCCACUGCAACCAACCCCUUGUGUGUGCCAGUGUAGUUUACCUGAUUGCUACCCAUGUCUCUUAUUGACUGCAAUUCUGUGAUGGUUGCAAGGGUAAAUGAUGCUUUUUCUCUCCAGGUGAGAAACUACAAGAGACUCACCCCUCUAAAAGUCCUGGAUCAGGCCCUUGAAUCUCUAGAUAACCUUCGCCCUGGAGACUGUAUUGUCUGUUUCAGUAAGAAUGAUAUUUAUUCAGUGAGCCGGCAAAUUGAAACCCGGGGCCUAGAAUGUGCUGUCAUAUAUGGGAGUCUGCCACCUGGUAAUUACUCUUUGAUAUAUGUUGGGGGAGUUGGGAGGCAUGAAUGCUAUGUGAAUAAUUAGGAAAUUUCUGUUUAAUAUUUGAUUAUUGAAGUACUUGCAACAUCAUACCCAAGAAUUCUGAGAAACCCCAGGAAACAGUGCAGUUUUGGAAUCAGUAGUUAAAAUCAGUGCAGGUUCAGUCCUCUUACCUUGAUUCAACAUGGCAUCCAAUUGUAUCCAAACAAAGGAAAAAACUGUUCCUUGAUCUUGGGAACCAUCAUGCAAAAUUUGGUUAUGAUGUUUUAAGAGGGGUCCAAAUACAUAGUGAACAAGCAGCUGUCCAGAAUUUAUAGUAUGCUGUGUUUUUAAAUGUGCAUUUCUUUCUUUGGCACCUUGUCUUGGAAAAUGUUAACUUGUUCAUCUAGUACUUGUCUGGUUCACAUAUUCUUAGCAGGGAUGGCCUUGAUUACCAUAAACUAUACAGGGGAUAGAUCUGCCCAUACGUCUUUAAUAAUACGCAGCUCAAUCUAGUUUUUAAUUCUGUACUGACUGCAUUUCCAUGUAUGGUUUGCAUUUCCUGAAGUCUCCCUUCUUCUCCAUGGCCACUUAUUAUUUCUUUAUUUCAAGAAUUUCUAAACAGCCCUUUAUCCUGACAGAUUCCUAGCAGUGUACAGACACUUCACAUUGGGUGUGGGCAGCAUAAGUGAAAACUUGCAAGUUGCCUGACACACAGGAAGAGGGGAAAGCAGUGAUGGUACUGUCUUAGGAGCUGGUUCAGUCAUGUCAGAGGGGCCUACACAGUCAUCUUGGAAGUAGGUAGAGUUGCCAGGGUGGGAUGGAAUGUGCAUGGCACCAGAAGCUUGGGCAGUACUGGCAACUUAAGGUUCCGAUGUCACCAGAAGCAUAUAUGGCCACAUAUACGCUGCUCCACAUGGAGAUACCAGCUCAUGCAAAUAGUGCUUUCAUGUGAGCCCAUGCCUGCUUCCAAGGUAAUCUCAGUGGGCCACUGACAUAUCUGAACUGCCGCUAAGUAGUUCAGAAUAUUAACAUUUUUCACUGUCACCUGCAAAACACCAUUGUGGAAUGGUAACUUUAAAGUAUUUACAAUAUUUGGUUUAUUUCAAACCAAACUGAAAACCAUAAAUGUAAAUUGCAACAUAGUCUACACUUGUCAUUGUUUCAGGGACAAAACUUACACAGGCGAGGAAAUUCAACGAUCCCGAUGAUCCGUGUAAAAUCAUGGUUGCUACGGAUGCAAUUGGAAUGGGACUCAAUUUGUAAGUAUCCUGGGUGGAUUGCAGAUUCUAUCAGAAUGAGUUAAAUGUGUUGGUGGUAGUUCUUGGCUUUUUCCAAAACCAUAUCUCAGUAUUACAUAUCCCCUGUGACUCUUGUGUAUAGGCAAGUACUGGUUUCUUAAAUUAAUCCGACUGGAGCAGGAUUUCUAACCAUUUUUAUCCCAUUACUCAAUAGAGUGCUGCUUCCAGUGCAGAGACAUUAGAUGAUGAUCUAGAUAACUAAGCUGUUCAUAAGAGCCUGUCUGUGUGGCAUUGAGCCUCAUCAUAUCUCUUGUACCUUUCCAGCAAUGUGGAAGAUGGAACGCCAUCAAAAGUUGGAUAGGGUUGGAGCAUUCACUGGGAGUUGCAUUGCACUGGGCCUAGUGAGCUUAGAUGUAUAGGGGUAGAAUGUUUGUUCCAGAAUGGACAUUGGACAUCUAGCAGUCACCCACUACUAUGUGGCAAACCUGAGACUGGAGAUAUCUGUGUUCGGAGUCAUCUGUCAGACACCUUUAUCUGACAAACCUUUGGGUUUGUGGUGAAAUUCUGCAUUGUAUUGAUAAGGUUCAUGUUUUGAGAAUUACAAAUUAUAGCUCUUUGUUCCGACUUCAGUGUUAAUCCACUAUCUAUGCUUUUGUUCUAGGAGCAUAAAAAGAAUCAUUUUUAACUCCCUCAUUAAGCCUACUAUCAAUGAGAAGGGUGAGAAGGAAAUGGAUACAAUUACAACAUCUCAAGCUCUACAAAUCUCAGGCAGAGCGGGAAGAUUUAGCACUGUAUUUGGAGAAGGGGAAGUCACCACCAUGCAUCGGGAUGACCUUCCUUUGUUAAAGGAAAUCUUGAAUAAAUCAGUGGAUCCCAUAGUGGUAGGAUAUUGUUAUCAACAACAUCAUCAUAUUGUUGGUGCAUUUUUCAGCUGCCUGAUAGUAGAGCAGCAUUGGAGCAUCUUAAAACGAGUUGAUCAGUCACAGGAAGCUUCUACCGGGUCAAAAUGUUUUGUUUUUCUAGCUCAGUAUCAUAUUAAUCUGACUUGCAGCUAUUCUCCAGAACCUCUGAGAGGGAUCUUCCCAUCAUGUGUUGCAUACAGCUUUUAACUGGGGAGUGAAUCGGGGGCCUUUUACCACUGAGCCAUCUCCCCCCACACCCUGCCAACUUAUUUGUGCAAGUAGCAAUUCAAGCAAUUGACAUGACCUGGAAUAUAAGUACUUGUAUGAGCAUUAGCAACAUUUUUUUAAAAUUAAAUUUUAUUGUUACCAUUCACAUUAACACACCAUACAGAAAAAGAAAAUAAAUUUCCAUCACUUUUGGUGGUGAUCAUUAGUAACAUUUACUAGCAGAACACUUUCAGCCAGUGUGGUGUAGUGGUUAAGAGCAGUAGACUCAUAAUCUGGUGAACCGGGUUUGUGUCUCUGCUCUUCCACAUGCAGCUGCUGGGUGACCUUGGGCUAGUCACACUUCUUUGAAGUCUCUCAGCCCCACUCACCUCAUAGAGUGUUUGUUGUAGGGGAGGAAGGGAAAGGAGAAUGUUAGCUGCUUUGAGAGACUCCUUCGGGUAGUAAUAAAGCGGGAUAUCAAAUCCAAACUCCUCUUCUUCUUCUUUGGAAAUGAGGAAAUCCCUGCUCAUGGGACUUACUGCUGCUUAAUCAAAUGAAGAUGAUAAUGUAUGAGCUGGUUCUCUGGAACUUUUUAGCUAAGUAGCUCAGUUACAUUAAUAUUAGUGCAGUAAAUGUUGCAUAGGGCAUAAGCUGACUGGGCCACCUUGUUGUUUAGAUGCUUGUUCUGAUAGUCGGAUAAAUUUAGGAAAGUUUAAUUCUUGUAAUAAUGAGACCCUUUUCUCCUCACCUCUUUUUUUCCACCCAGACUGCUGGCUUGCAUCCUACCGCUGACCAGAUUGAGAUGUUUGCAUAUCAUCUUCCAGAUGCCACUCUAUCAAAUCUACUUGUAAGAAUCAGGAAACCUGUUAAGUUUUAACAUUUCUGUGUACAGCAGUUUAAGCUUCAUUAUCCUAGCUAGAGAAUGCUAGUUAGGAUUUUGAGGAGCUGUUUACCAGCGUCUAAUAUGCACAGCCAGGCUAUCUUUGCAGUGUUUGCUUCUGCAGUUGAUAGGUUUCCCUUUUCCUUUUCAAGUCUUAAGAAGGACUUACCUCAUUGGCUGCAGAGAUGCUGCAGGAAAUUGCUAGUUUUCUUGUGUGAAUAUUGAUAGAUUUCCAUGGGGAUAGUCAGGGCUUCGUUUAACUAAGAGCAUGUUUAUCUUUAUUUAAAACAGGAUAUUUUUGUGAGCCUCUCUCAAGUUGAUGGCCUCUACUUUGUGUGCAAUGUUGAUGACUUCAAAUUUCUAGCUGACAUGAUUCAGCACAUUCCACUGAACUUGAGAGCCAGAUAUGUGUUCUGCACAGCACCCAUCAACAAGAAGCAGCCUUACGUCUGCACUUCGCUGUUGAAGGUAAGUGACUUGCCUCUCCUGUGUGUGUGCAUCAGCGUGCAUUUUUGUGGGAGUAGUCCGUGUUGUACUAAGUUGGUGUCAGUCUCUUCAUCCAUUUGUGGGCAUGAUCAAAAUUAGGUGACCCAAAUGACAAGUUGAGAUGGUGGUGAUCAGAAUGCUGUAUGGAUAUUUGUCUGGUCUCCCAGCAGUGGUGCCACAGUUACAUCCUGGGACAGUGAGGGGUUGGAGCAAGAUGCUGGUAAAUUUGGGUUGGCUUGGGCUCAGUGGUGGGUGCACCCGAUUGCUUCUGCUGGUGUACCUGAACUGCCCCAGCCUUUACUUAUGUUCCAUAAAGCAUGAGGAGUUACUGGACAUUUCACAGGCCAGCAAAACUGUAUCUUAUUCAUGAUUACAGAAGCAGUACAACCUUCAACCUCUCCUUUUCCAGUGCCUGCUCUGAGACACAUGGGGGGAAAUUCGGGGGGGGGGGGGGUUGCAUCCAAAGCAUUGUAGAAAGUUUAUAUCAUAAACUACUGUCAUGGCUGGGUUUGGCAGGAAGAAAGUAGGCUGCUGCAAAGGGCAUUUGGCAGUGUGAAAGAUUUAUGGUGGUAUUAUUCUUGGGGAAAUAUUCAUUGCUUAAUGCUUCUUCUUUUUCCUUUUCUAGUUUGCACGGCAGUUUAGCAGAAAUGAACCUCUGACAUUUGACUGGCUGUGCAGGCAUAUUAAUUGGCCUCUAGUCCCGCCCCAGAAUAUAAAGGACCUUGUACACCUUGAAGCUGUUCAUGAUGUCCUCGAUCUGUAUCUGUGGCUGAGGUACUGGAGGCUUGGUUCCUUCUUCCUCCUCUUCCUUAAUGUGGGCAGUUUGGGGGCAUAAGGAGUCCUCCGCUUUGGGUAAAAGCAUGGUUCAGUCCUCAUGUGAGAUGACACCAACGCAGAAUGUUGGUGGGGAGCUCUUGGUCUUAAAGCUCCUCCUUGUCAAAAUUUCUCUGCACGUGGAAAACACACAACAGGGAGAUGGUGUCUAAUGCAGCCUCUUCCAAGAUGGGUUUGCUUUCCAUGUUCAGGGAGAUUUUGAAAUAGAGGCACUUUGAAACAAGCCAUUUCCUGCAUGGGUCUGGGGAAGGAGCAGUCCUGGGAGAGAACUGUACCAUAUCAGAAACUGCAUAUUUGAAGUGUCAUUAAGUUGGGACCGGAGAGGAGUUGUUUACUGUCAGCUCUGCUAAGACAGAGGCUGAACAACCAGUUCUUUCGACCUAUUCAGUUAAUGCAGAAGAGAAACAAGAUCUUUUUUGGAGGUGGAGAACAGAUGAGGGACAGGUGAGGGGUGGGGGUGGGGUGUAGAGCUCUGGACAUAGAUUAGGGAUACUUGGAUUUAAAUCCAUGCUCAGCCUAAGCUGUUGCACACGACUGAUGCAAGUAUAAAAUGGGUAACCCACUGCGUGCUGCUGCCACGAACUUCUUGGAGAACUGUGGAAUAAAACACAGCAAUUUUAUAGAUGGUUUCAAACCAGAGUGGCUAACGGGUUGCUCUCCAAAUCCUUCUGAACUGCAACUCCCAUCAUCCUUGGGGUAAACUGGCUAAGGCUGAUGGGAUUUGUAGUUCAGUGACACUUGGAGAGCCAGACACUGCCCUCCUUUCAUUUAAAAUAUUCUAUCUUGUCUACUAGGUUAUGCAUAAACUGUGUGUGAUACUAGAUUUUUAUUGUAAGCCUUUUGGCUUAAUGGUAUUGCAUAUUACACUUAAACACCCCCCCCACACACCCCAGAUUACGUGUUUUUGAGGUAUAACAACUUGAUCAGCGGUUUGCUCUAAAUUGCUACAUAGUUUCAUUUGUAUCUUAACCCCAGAAACUUGAAGUGCAUAACAGAUAAUAUGCUGAUCACUUAAUGCCCAGGACUACAGAUGUCCAAAGUCGUUUGGGUUGAAUCUAGCCAAGUUAUUGCAUGAGUGGAACGACUUCUACUUGCAUAACAGAACUUUCUUUUUUUUCUUCACCCUCUUCGUCAGCACCCCAAAAUGGGGUAGGGGGGAGCUCCAGAGCAGAUCCAGAGAGCAUGCAGGUGAUGGGAGAAAAGGGAGAGGAAGUUCUAUUGCAUGUGCAGAAGUUCUGCUCACACAAGUAGCUGGGUUCAGCAUUUUACUGAAGAGGUCCCAAAGUGCCUGUUGAAACAGUCCCUGCUGGGGGCUGUUAACCUUUCAAGAAUUCUUGGUCUGAACUUAUCAUACAUGCAUGUUUCCUUGUAGCUACCGGUUUAUGGACAUGUUCCCGGAUGCUGCUCUCGUCAGGGACAUACAGAAGGAGCUGGACGACAUUAUACAAGUCGGGGUGCUUAACAUUACGAGGCUGAUCCGAGUAUCGCAGGCCGCUUCUGGGUCUGUCACUUUACCAGACGACUUUCCUCUCCAGAGGGCUAGCAUUGGCAAUGGGAUGUUGAAUGCGGAAGACCUCCUAGAGGCUAACGGAGAGCUUUCCCCAAGGGACGUGAAGACCCAAGGGCACCGACGAGCAAGGGGAUCCAAAGCGAUGAACUACAGGCCUGCUGAAGCUCAGGGCGCUCUGGCUGCCAGACUAAUACAGCAGGGACUCCUCACCCAAGAUAUGCUGAAACAGUUGGAACAUGAGUGGCUGGCGCGUCGCAAGGGCGGUGCCACAGAUGAAAACACAGGCCCAAACAAAGGGAAGAAGAGGAAAUAGAAUGUUGUGUCUUUGCAAAAUAAAAAUUAUAUUUAAUAA